AUGCCAGAACUGCGCAGCAGUACUCGCCAAGCACGUCUGAGGUUCAGGAAGCUUGACGAUCAACAAGCAGAGCCGGCUGUGAAACCGGUGCCGCCUGCUCCACAGAGAGCAGGGAAGUGCGAUCAUAUACCUGCUGCCAGGGGCAGAAAGGGUGCUCCUUGGAGAAGAGUGGUGCCGGCACCAAGGCGUGCAAGAAAGGGAGCGGAAGUUGUUGACUUGGAUGCUAACCUGGGUUCUGAACACCUCCCUAAAGCUGUUGCCAUACAUGCAGUUGUUUGUGAAUCCAAGGACCCUGCUUUGAACAAGGUUGCUCAGGGUGUCGGCAAUAAAGGUAUGAGAAUGGAUGGUGAAAGUGCUGAGAAGCUUGUCGGCGCUGAAGACGAUUCAACAAUAGCACCAAUACCGGAGAGGGUUCAUGUAGGUAAUUCUCCUGUGUAUAUAACUGACAGGAAACUAGGUAAAGGUGGCUUUGGUCAAGUGUAUGUUGGUAGAAGGGUAUCUGGUGGGACUGCUCGCACUGGUCCUCAUGCAUAUGAGGUUGCAUUGAAGUUUGAGCACCGGAGUAGUAAAGGGUGCAAUUUUGUCCCCCCAUAUGAGUGGCAAGUUUAUCAGACUCUCAACGGCUGCUAUGGUGUACCGGCAGUCCACUAUAAGGGCCGGCAGGGCGACUACUAUAUCCUUGUAAUGGAUAUCCUUGGUCCCAGUCUUUGGGAUGUAUGGAAUUCGCUGGGACAAGCGAUGUCUCCACAUAUGGCUGCUUGCAUUGCUGUAGAAGCCAUAUCAAUUCUUGAGAAGUUUCAUUCCAAAGGGUUUGUUCAUGGUGAUGUGAAACCAGAGAACUUUCUGCUUGGUCUGCCUGGAUCACCUGAGGAGAAGAAGCUUUUCCUUAUUGAUCUUGGUUUAGCAUCAAAGUGGAGAGAUUCGUCAGGUCAACAUGUUGAUUAUGAUCAAAGGCCUGAUAUCUUCAGGGGGACAAUUAGAUAUGCAAGUGCUCAUGCUCAUCUAGGUCGUACAGGUAGUAGGAGGGAUGAUUUAGAGUCAUUGGCAUACACCCUUAUAUUUUUAAUAAAAGGAAGAUUGCCUUGGCAAGGCUACCAGGGAGAUACCAAGAGUUUCCUUGUUUGCAAGAAAAAAAUGGCUACCUCUCCGGAUAUGUUAUGCAGUUUCUGCCCACCUCCGUUCAAACAGUUUCUUGAGUCUGUCACAAAUAUGAAAUUUGAUGAAGAGCCAAAUUACGCCAAACUUAUUUCUCUCUUUGAAAGUUUGAUUGAAUCACCUGCGUCAAGGCCCAUCAGAAUUGAUGGGGCCCUUAAGGUGGGGCAAAAACGUGGAAGGCUACCUGUAAAUCAUGAAGAAGAUGAUCAGCCUAAGAAGAAAGUUAGAUUAGGGAGCCCAGCAUCACAGUGGAUUUCAGUUUACAAUGCCAGGCGCCCUAUGAAGCAGCGGUAUCAUUACAAUGUUGCUGACAACAGGCUUCAACAGCAUAUAGAAAAGGGUAAUGAGGAUGGUCUAUACAUCAGUUGUGUGGCUUCUUCAGCAAACCUUUGGGCUCUCAUUAUGGAUGCAGGAACUGAUUUCGGUUCUCAGGUUUAUGAACUCUCACCUGUUUUUCUACACAAGGACUGGAUAAUGGAUCAGUGGGAGAAAAGUUUCUACAUAACAGCAAUAGCUGGAGCAUUGAACGGAAGUUCAUUGGUUUUAAUGUCUAAAGGAACUCCUUACACUCAACAAUCGUACAAGGUUAGCGAAUCAUUCCCCUUCAAGUGGAUCAAUAAAAAGUGGAAAGAAGGUUUUCAUGUAACAUCUAUGGCCACAGCUGGAAAUCGCUGGGGAGUAGUCAUGUCAAGGAACUCUGGCUAUUCUGAACAGAUUGUUGAGUUGGAUUUCCUGUAUCCAAGUGAAGGCAUCCAUCGGCGAUGGGAGCAUGGUUACAGAAUAACUUCUUCAGCAGCUACCGGUGAUCAAGCCGCUUUUAUCUUGAGCAAGCCAAAACGGAAACCAGUAGACGAGACACAAGAAACUCUACGGACCUCAGCCUUUCCCAGCAACCAUGUAAAGGAUAAAUGGGCCAAGAAUCUAUACAUUGCUUCGAUCUGCUACGGGAGAACUGUCAGUUGA